AUGACCGAAAAAGAAAGUGUUGAUCCACAGUUACAAGACUUUAUACUUGCUGAAACGCAAAAACAACGUUUUCAGGUUCUUGUGCAUGGAUUAACAGAUACAUGUUGGGACACUUGCAUGGGAAGGCCAUCUAUGCGCCUAGAUUCCAAAACAGAAGUCUGCAUUAUGAAUUGUGUUGAAAGAUUCAUUGAUGCCACUACAUUCAUCACCAAACGUCUUAUGAACACAACUAAAUAUAGGUCCGAUUCUCCUCUUGAAUUUCAGAAGUUUUUUGUCACUGGUGCAGUGGUUGGUGGACUAUACUUAUUAUCCAGUUAUGCUCAGAAGAAACUUAGAGAAUGGCAAGAAAAAGAAGCUAAAAAGUUUUUUGAAAUGACUCGUAAGAAACAACACUUCGAGAGCACUGAGCGCACAUGCAAUCAAACUGUAUUGUCAUUGUCGAAAAUAGUUUCAGAGAGUAUUUUAGGUAUUUUGAAGACUGAAAAUAUAGUCCAAAAACUUCAAGAAAAUCCUGAAAAUAAAUUAGAACUAUGGGAACAGUUGAAAAUCAUGAUUUUCACCAGAAUUUGUGUCAUGGUGUAUGCUCUAUGCAUACUUCAGGUGACACUGAGAGUCCAACUAAAUGUGAUUGGUGGUUAUCUCUAUAGGGAUUCAGUUCAUGAAGAGGAACCUUUAAUUGACAGUGAACUACAAGCUAAGUACUUAUCUUUAUGUCAUCACUUUGUCAGCCGAGGUGUAGAAGAUUUAGCAAAACAAAUUGAAAAAGCCGUUAAAAGAGUUGUAGAAUCUGUUCCAUUGAAGAAGAAAGUAACAAUUCAGGACAUAGAGCAGAUGUUUUGGUCAAUACAAACUUUAUUGUGUACUGACUCAACAGAAGGAGACCCUGUAAAGAAAAUGGUACAUUAUUUGAUAGGUCAUACUGAAAUUAAUGAAGCAAAAUUAGACACUAUUGUAAAAGAAACUAUGGACAUAUUAGAAAGUGAAGAAGUGACUUCAGUAACAAUGUCAUCUGUGAGUCGGAGUUUCUCUUCUGUAAUUGAUGAAGUAGCAAAUCUAUUUGCUACAAAAUCAGCACCUCUCACAAAGAAUCACUUGGAGGUAGAAGAAUGUGUAGUAACAAAUGGAGCUUUAAAAUUAAGAGGGUCCUCUGAACCAUUCGUUGAUGUAAACAAACUAGAACUACACUUUGUUAUGCUCUUGCCAGUAAUAAAUGAAUUACUCACUAAGAACACUUGCAAGGGCAAUAGCAACAUUCCAGACAUGCUAACCCAACAACUCACUUUGAAUGACAAAUUUAAAUUGUUGGGAGCUAAUAUUUAUGAAGCCGGCGCGUGGGGGCCUGGGUACGCGGCCUACUGCCCACCAUACCGCCCCCCAUCCGCUGCGGAAAGACAGAACCGCAUGGGUAGGGCCGCCGUUCCUGGGAGGGAGGACCGGGAGGGGAAGCGUAAUUCUUCCCGUCCCUCUCCCCCUCCCGGUCGCCCUCGUCUCCUCGCGUCUUCUCCCAAAUGGGGGAAGCGCGGGCGACAACAUCCGCGGGGGGUCCGAGCGGCCGAGGCUACUCGGACAUCCCCCCCUCUGAGGGCGUCCGUCCGGGCGCCGCCUCAGAGGCCAAUCGUUCGGAGGGCUUUCCCUUGGUGA